ACGCGGACAUAAGCCUGCGCGGAUAGCCAUAUCCACAAACGUAGAUAUUAAAAGUUCUAAUCUUGACCUCAUGCCGGAAUAAACAAAGAACAAAAAUGGAUCAACUCUGCCCCCGAGUAUUUACGGAUUUUUAGUAAUUACAGACAUGUUCUGAUGAACGUUGUUGCGAAAUAAUUCACCACUUCAACGUCUCUGGAAAGUCCAGUUCGGUUUUUACUUGGAGCUCCAAAAAUCUAUGAAAUGGGUUUGCAUGUUCGUCUCUGCGAACGGGGAUGUAGAGGUGGGAUUGCGAGUAUCGAAAGGUUGAAGAGCCCAUACGCUCAGCUUCCGUGAAAGUACGUUUUAUAGUAAUUCAUUGAGACUACCAAUGAUUGGUCAUAGUUGCUGGCAAUAAUAUUUCUCCUACACAAGAGUAAGGUUUUUCUUUCUUCUUUUGACAUCAGUCUCUACGGCAAGCUCUGAGACGGACCGCUUGGACAGUGGGAGCCCUCCCCUCUGGUCGGAUCUGCCUUGUCUUUGGCUUACCAGUGGAAGGAUGUGGACGAGGGUUAAAAUUUAGACAGGUCAAGGUCAACGGCUACAGGAGGCCUGCCUGCCUGCAUGCUUACCUGCCUGCCAUUGGCCGGCUGAUCAGUCUGUCAAGGGGAGGCUCCACCCUCACCCCUAGAGCUUUCAGCAGGCAAACGAGUAGCACUGGGCCCCUUCCCCUGCCGCCCCCUCACCCCCCUUACCCAUCCUGUCCCCAUACCCCCACCCGUCCACCCAACCCGACCCGACCCACGCACUCGCGCCGGGGCUGGAUCAUGUCGAGCGGCGGGCCGGAGGGCAACCGGACAGCCGAGGCCCAGGACCCAAGCAGCCGCCGCACGCCGGACUCGCCCGUCGCAGAGCGCCGCAACCGCAGCGGCAUCAUCAGUGAGCCGCUCAGCAAGAGCCUGAAGCACUCGCGCGCCCUCUCCCAGUACACGCCCGCGGCCAACACCAACAGUAACAACACCCUCAACGGACUCCACAGCGGCAGCAACGGCAAGGUCAAGCACCAGGCCACCAAGCCCCAGGAGCCCCCCCAGCAGCCUCCGCAGACGCAGACCCUGGCGUCCAUGCCCGCGCUGGGCAAACUGGACCGGACCCUAGAGCAGAUGCUGGAGAACCAGAAUGGCCUGCUGCACUUCGCCCAGGCGGCGGCGCUGCUCAAGCGGGCCGGCAUGGAGCACAUGCUGCUGCCGGGUGGCGUCGGGGUCGGCGGCAUCGGGGGCGUCGAGUCAGGCACCGGCGCCGCGGGCGACCUGGACGGGGCGGCGGCGGCGGCGGCGGCGGACGCGGUGAGCGGCCUCGCCGACUUCGCCUACGGCGUGGGUGGCGGCUUCCCGUUCAACCCGGGUCUGUUCAUCAUGACGCCGGCCGGGGUGUUCUUGGCGGACAGCGCGCUGCACAUGGCCGGCCUGGCCGAGUACCCGGCGCAGAGCGAGCUGGCCUCCGCCAUCAGCUCCGGCAAGAAGAAGCGGAAACGCUGCGGCAUGUGCCCGCCCUGCCGGCGCAGGAUUAACUGUGAGCAGUGCAGCAGCUGCCGCAACCGCAAGACCGGACACCAGAUCUGCAAGUUCCGCAAGUGCGAGGAGCUCAAAAAGAAGCCGUCUGCAGCUCUGGAGGUCAUGCUGCCGACAGGAGCGGCAUUCCGAUGGUUCCAGUGAGACUGUGACCCCCCCCCCCCUCAACUCCCCCUCAACCUGCACCCAAAGCUCUGCAAUCAAGUGCAAUGCCAAUUCUCGCUUGGAUUGUCUCGGGCACGGACACUGGCUGAAAACCAUACUGAUGACAAAAGAAACAAAAAACGAAAAACAGCAGUGAAAAUCUUUAAAAAAGAAUAUUCAAAAACAAAGCGAAAGAGUACAAAAAUAAUCAAUCGCGUUAUGGAUGCACCUACUUAUUUCUUGAACCAAAAAUUUAAGCAUAAAGAAAAAAAAAACCUAUGGCAACUCUCAUUCCCUUUUCUAUGUUUCCAUUUUGGUACCUUUUAGUCCUUUUUCCAGCAGGUUUUUUCUGUCACUUAAACAUGGAACUGUUCAUUGCCAAACAGAAAUGACGGACUGAGUGUGGACAAUCAACUAAUUUCUGUGUUUGGUGUUAAUGUCGUUCAUGUGUGGAAAGAUACAGUACUUGUGUAGAGAAUGUAAAUUUACGGCUAUAUUUUAAAACUAGUGGCUAAUGGCAAGCACUAUUGUAAUUUAGCACCAUUGUUCUGACUCAAACUUCUGUAUUUUAUGAUUGUUUUUUUUUCUUGUUGUUUCUUUGCUUUUUUGUUCUGUUUUGAGACUAUAGUUUCAGAAAGAGAUCAAUGUUUUGUUUGUAUCAAAAGAAAAGAAAAAUGUUCUGAGAUGUAAAAAUCCAUGUUUUUUCAACUAGAACAAAGAAAGAAAGAAAUCUACAGUAUAACUAGACUGUUAUGUUGUAACAGUCGCUUUGGCCCUAAACAUGCUCAGUGCCACAGAAUUGGCUCAAGCCUUUACAAAUAUGACUGGAAGUCCUGAAGUUGGCCAGAGAACCAUUUACUUGCUGUUUGUCUGAUUGUUUUUUUGUUUUUUAAAAAAUAUUAUUAUUUAGUGAAACUGGCAGCCUUAUUUUUACCAUGUUCCCAACGAGUAUCUUUGUCAAAAUAGAGCUCUUUGGCAGCACUGGGAGACAGCACUUGCUCUGUUCAUAUGAACGCACUGAAAAUUUUUUUUUUUCAUGACGUUGCCAGUAGCUACAUCUUUUAAAAAGAACAGCGAUGUUUGUAUUCAAUUAGAAAUAUGGGCUGGUUUUGUGAAUAAAAACAAAUGCAUGUAUUUGUGUCAAAA